AUUUGAAUUGAAUUGAAUUGGUGUUUUCUAUGUAUUUGAGUAUUUAUAAAAUAUUUAUAUAUUAUAUAUGUAUUUUGUAAAAGUUUGUGCCUAUGCAGAAAUUUCGGAUAAGGCAGGUUAAAUACGUGGUCGGAAUGCAAUUUAUCCGGUCUGGCCCCGGACAGGAAAAAAAGCGUCGAUGUAGGCAGAUUUUUAUUAACAAACCGAGAUAAAAUAUCACGCGAUUUAAUGGUCUAUAUUUAAUGUUACAUAAUAUUUGUUUACGGAAUUAAGUAUCUGGUUGAAGUAUUUCCUCAUAGAUUAUACUCACAAUAAGUAAAACUACUCAAAACAGCCUCAGCGUCAUCGAUGGACGUGUAAACAACUUGCCAAUGAACUUCUAUCUACAUAGUAUUAAGGUUACCUUCUUUAUUGCUACACAUUCCGAUAUAAACCGUAACAUAUAUCACAUUUAAUUAUAAAAUAAACACGAGCGGAUUAACUAAUAAAUAGUAUAUUAAUAACUAAGUUCCGAACUUAUUACCUACCAAAUUAUAACUAACUUUAUUUUAGUGUAAAGUGUGUUUAAGUUAGGCCUGUGUUAUGUCCCUUUGAACUGUAACUGUAAUUGUACUUAGCUUGUAAACAAACAAAUGAUUAUAUUUACGAAAUACUUAAUGCCUCCGUAGCGUCUAAGAUUAAUUAAACAAUUUCAACAACAAAAACCGUUAAUCCCGUCAUUAAAGUUAAGACCGUAGUAUCUGAGACAAUGCUUUCAGACAUAUUGAACGAAAUCUAAAUCUCUAUGUAAUUAGUCCCAUUCACGACACCGGUGCCUUCGAAAAUAGUUAAUGUGGUGGCAGUGACAGCAAAGCGAGGACGUGCGUGUGCUUGUCUCAUCGUAAAAUGCUGCCUCGGAAAAAUCGACUAGUCCGCUGAUAAUGUUUAAGUACAGCUAAAACGCAAAGUAUUCAAAACUCGCACAAUUAACUUAGAUCGGCACAAAAUUAUCGAACGGGUUAACGUGUUAAAUAAACAUGGACGAGGCUUUCGCGCAUAUCGAGGGGAAUGGGAAGAAAUACUGCAAGAGGGAUAUGGUCCCCCCGGAUGGUGGCUGGGGCUACGUCGUGUGUCUCGGCGUAGGAUUUACUUUUAUGUUAGGAUUUGGAUCUUCGAACGCUUUUGGUAUUUUAUUUCACAAUUUUUUCAUUGAGCAAGGCAGUGCAAGUGGCCUUCCUCUAGUGAUUGGGGUGUAUAAUGGAGCUCUGUCGAUAUCAGGAUUCCUAAGUGGCAUAGCUCUAAAGAGGUAUUCCUUCAGACAAGUGGGCUUGAUUGGAGCUGGGCUCUUCGUUCUCGGAGACGUCUUGACUAUUUUUGUUCAGCGCACCUAUCAGCUUGUUUUCACGUUCGGAGUCAUUAGAGGUGCCGGAUUCGGCAUGAUGAUUCCCGUUAGCUUCACAGCAUUCAACUGUUAUUUUACUAAAAGACGGACUGCCAUGAUGAGCGCUAACCAGACCAUGAGCAGCAUAGCUUCCAUCACGUUCCCCAUACUGGUCACGUACUUGCUGGCGGAGUACGGGCUGCAGUGGACCCUGGCGCUCAUCAUGGCCCUGGAUUUGCAUCUAGUCUUCGCCAUGCUGGUCAUGCACCCAGUUCAGUGGCACAUGAUUAAAAACCCAGAUGCUAGCAUAACAGAGCUUAAGUCAAAGUGCGAUGUCCUUAAUGUUUCCAAAAUAAAUUAUGAGAAUGACGAGGCGAUCGUAAAAAUGUUGCCAGAUGAGAGCGAAGAAAAAGGGAAGCUACCGAAGCGUCAUGAGUCGAUACAGAAAAGUAUAAUUAAAAUGAUCUGCGAAAACGUCGAAGUGGAUUUAUUAAAAGAUCCCCGUUUUGUGAGUACGUUAUUGGGCUUGGGGUUUGCAUUCGUCUCGGAUGUAACUUACCUGGCUAUGGAGCCUAUGCUACUCUUUUCUUAUGGAUUCAGCAAGAUGGAAGUAGCAACAUGCGUGAUGGCGGGCGCUAUAGCUGAUUUACUAGCAAGGUUCCUUCUUGCCAUAAUCACUUUCUUCAUUGCUGUAGACAGCAGAAAGUUGUUUUUUGGUGGCACUUGUAUAACAAUAUUACUGCGGAUUGCGUUGGUUAGCGGUACCGACCUGUGGUGGGUGUUCAGCGUGACGGUGGCGUCGGGCGUGGUGCGCUGCUCCGUGCAGGUGCUGUUCCCGCUGGUGCUGGCCACCGCCGCGCCCCCGGACCGCUUCCCUGCUGCACUUGGCCUUCACAUCAUUUUCUCCGGCGUGCUGAUGCUUAUGGCGGAUCCCUUAAUCGGUAUAAUCUAUGAAGCAACGGGCAGCUAUAGCUACUGUUUUUUCGCAAUGAGUUUCUGCUGCUUGAUCUGCGUUGUGCUGUGGUCCAUUGAGUAUAUAAUUUACCGCAAGGAUAAACGGUGAUUAAUGUUAAGAGUGCCUUCAAAUUCGACUGAGAGAAAUGAGUUAUAAUUGUAAUAUUAGUAGAAGACUAAAAAUUAAGUUAGGUAGGCGUAUUUAGGCAGAAGUUAGAGUUGUCUUAGAAAGGAACUAAUCUUUAUAUGUAUGUAAUUGCUUGGAAGGUUGUUUAGAAGGAACAUUGAAAUUCGAAGAUCAUCUAUCGUUCUUGAACUAUUAGAGUGACAGAGAUGGAGAUGACUAUACGAAUUACGAUUAUAAGGGUUGGCGGCAAGUCAGAUGUCCCAUUAGGGUCGUUUUUACGUUGACGGCUACAUCUAUGUAAUUCAUAUAUACAAAACUAAUAUAAAGUUGUUUGAGUUAUGUAUUUAGAUGUGCGUAAUGUUUUCUGAGUAGAUACUUAAAGCGAUUUGAAAUAUUACUAUCCUGUAUUGGUAUGCGAGUCAGUCUGACUUAUUACUCAUGAUAUGUAAUUUAUCGCGAAAAUGUAUUGAAUAAAUAAUAAUUGAAGGUGUGUACUGGAAGGUACAAUGCUACUAAAAAUAUUAAUGUAAUUCCAAAGACUUUCAAUUUAAAGUUAUCUAUGUAGAUGCACCUCUUAAAUUGAUAAUAUCAGUCUUCUCCGUUAUGAAAAUUGGAAAACCUUAGGUUACCUAAAAUCGCCAUACAAAGAGGGCUUUGAGAUAAUGAGCAAUGUGCAUUUCAGCGUCCUAUCCAAAUGAAAAUUUGUACCGCGCAUUAUAAUAUGGAUACAAAAAGGAGCAAUACAAAAUUAUAUAGACGGUAAGCAUUAGGAUUAACGGGAACAAAAAGUGAUGCUAUUAAUAAGUAAAAGGUCUGUGCAAGUAAGUGCAAAUGCGCGCAUGAAAUUUAAACAAAGUGCUUUUUUAACAACGGAGGAAUAAAAAAAAAGCGAACCGAUAUUAGAAUGUUGGACUCGCAAUUACGCAGUUCUUGAAUACUUACUACUCGUAUACUUAGGUACUUAAGUGUUAAGUAAUUACUAAUUACCAAAACGUGUCAAAGCAGUGGAAUAUAAAAAAAAUGAAAUUGUAUGAUAUUUUUUAUUUAGUUGAUUAGAAUGUAUUUGCCUAUAGACUUUAAGACUAAGUUAUUUAUUCAGGAAAAUAACAAUAUCUAGCGAGCUAAGCGUUUUUCACCAAUACGCAAAUUUGUCUAAGUAUAUAAACCGACAUCGAAGUGUAUAGUUAUACUUAGCUGUAAUGUAAUACAUAUUUUAUAAUAAUUCCUAAAGUGUGACGUAAAAUAAAAUAUUAUACAUUUCAUUUAGAUACCUACAAGUAUUUUCUCUAUGUUUAUUAAAUGAAAAUUAAUAAAAUGUGUUUAUACAGAAAAUGAUGAAACGUAUUGAAUUGAAAAUCUAUAAUAAUGAAUACCUUAAACAAUUAACACAACAAGUUAUAGACAAAAAAGGCGGAAGAAAGAAGAUAUUUUUUAUUUCGCCAAUAUCUCAAAAAAGUAUUAAUAUUUAAUUUUUUGUUUUUCUGUUUCUUGUAUUUAAUUUACUCUAUUUAAAUAGAGUAUUAUUAAAAAGGAGGAAAUUUCCAAUAAAAAUGUUUAGACUCGCAAAAUUGUAUCUCCAUUAUUUACCUAUACUUUUUUUUCAACGUUGAACAUAGGUCUGCGCGCGUCAUUUUGGGUAUGGGCGCGCGGCAUGAAAUGCAAGUACGUGUCAUCAGAUAUUUUAACGAGUAUUCAUUGUCAAUAUAAAAAUUAGAAUAAAUUAAGCCAUACUGUGAACACUUAAGAGAAUUUAUUACCGUUGGAAAGAAACCUUAAAGUUAAUUUUUCAACAAGUUAGGCAAUUGUUAAUUAACAAAAUUUUCUCGAACCUCCUUCUUUAUUGUGGACAAAAAAAAAUGUUUAGUUAAUUAACGUAAUUUUUUUUCGCAUCGUAGAUCCAUUGUUAUAAACAUAUUAAAUAAAUUUUAUUUACGUUAUAAAAACUAAAAAAAAGAAUACUCUGGUUAUAUUGUUAUAUAUUUUACAAUUUUACCUUGAGUUUCAAUUUUUUGUUAAUUUUCCCUAUUAUUCUAAAAUUUAUUUUAAACAAAGUAUUGAUUUACUACUUUUAUGACGUUAUCUUGCUAAGCAUAUAAAAGCAGGGCUCCACGAGGCGAAAUAUUUUCACGUUAAAUAUUUUAACAUUUAUUUUAAACUAACAAUAAAGACAAAUGUUCGACAAUAUUGUGUUAUUUUGGCAAUUAUUAAUUUGCCUAACUUGUUGAAAAAAUAAGUUUAAGAUAAAUUGGUACAGUAGUCCAUUCUUUGACAUUUUUUUUAAACUACGUCGGUGGCAAACAAGCUUACGGCCCGCCUGAUGGUAAGCAGUCUCCGUAGCCUAUGUACGCCUGCAACUCCACAGGACUGGGCUCUGCUCUAGAUCUGGAAUGACAUCCACUGGCUGUGUGUGACAUGUUUAAAAUACACCAUUAUUUUUUCAUUAAUAUUCAAUACCACCUCUUUAAAAUAAUAUUUAAUGUUACGUACUUUUCCCACUGCGCGUGUUUCCCGAAAAUUAGGUGUGGAGGGCUAUGUUCAGCGUUGAAUAAAAAGUAUAAAUAAUGGAGAUACAGUUCUGCAAGUAUAGACUAUUUUAUUGGCAUUUUCCUUCUCUUUCGUAGUAUUGUAUUUUAAUUUCUUAAAUAUUAUUAAUUUGUAUAACUUCUUUUUUCCGCCCUUUGUUUGUCUUUAACUUUUGUAAAUUUUUGUGUGUACCGAAUAAACUCUGCAAAUACAUUUUUUUAUACAUCAUUUCGAAUACAAUGAGGUAUCACA